AGGAGAGUCCCGAGUCCUAACCUAAAGCGUAAAUAGACAAUAAAAUAGGGGCAUUAUAGUCAAACCCCAAAUCUGCCUGCAAUUCGUUCGUAUUGUGGUACGCACGCUGCCUGCAAUGCAUUGUUGACGUAUCGUAUCGUAUCGUCGUACCGACCUACAUGAUACCAGCGCCAUAUCCACAGGGAGAAGAAUCGCCGGACAACGGAAAUCGACGGGGAAAACAUUCAUCGCGUCGUGGAGGAGGAGAGGAAUCCAUUCAUUCAUUUUCCGUUCCAUAUGGAAAGGGAAGUGCCUGCCGAGGAGGAGGAAAUUCACAUUCAUGGUUUUCUUCCUCUCCUCUUAUAAUCUCACUAAAUUCCUGCAGAGGUCACGGGAGGCAGGGUCGGAGAAGAGAGUGAGCGAAUUUCUGACGAGUAGCGGCGGAUGUAUCGUUGAAUGCUAGGAAAUAAAUGGUGUGGAUGCGCGUAGAUAUGCGUGACCGGAGAGCAGUUACCAUUUGAAGACGCUUCUUGAAGUCUGAGUGCUUCCAAUCUCGGAAAUGGCUGCUUCAGCCAGUAUAUCCGUUGGAUCUCAUGUGUGGGUGGAGGAUCCUGAGGUAGCCUGGAUAGAUGGAGAGGUUGUGGAACUUAAUGGUAAAGAGAUCAAGGUGUCUUGCACCUCAGGGAAGAAGGCUGUCGCUAAUUUAGACAAUGUACAUCCCAAAGAUCCUGAUUUUCCUUCUUGUGGCGUGGAUGAUAUGACAAGGCUUUCUUAUCUUCACGAGCCAGGCGUGCUGUGCAAUUUGAGAUGUAGAUUUGAUAUGAAUGAAAUAUAUACAUAUACUGGUAGCAUUUUGAUAGCAGUAAACCCCUUUCAACGGUUGCCUCAUCUUUAUAAUAAUCAUAUGAUGGAACAGUACAAAGGAGUACCACUUGGAGAGCUGAGCCCACACCCUUUUGCUAUUGCCGAUGGUGCUUACAGGCAGAUGGUUAAUGAGGGAAUAAGCCAAGCAAUUUUGGUGAGUGGAGAAAGUGGAGCUGGUAAAACUGAAAGCACCAAAAUGCUGAUGCGUUAUCUAGCUUAUAUGGGUGGCAGAGUUGGUACAAAAGAGGGACGGACAGUGGAGCAGAAAGUGCUUGAGUCAAACCCUGUUCUGGAAGCAUUUGGCAAUGCAAAGACUUUGAGGAACAAUAAUUCAAGCCGCUUCGGCAAAUUUGUUGAACUUCAGUUUAACGGCAUGGGUAAAAUUUCGGGUGCUGCAAUAAGAACUUAUUUGCUGGAAAGAUCACGUGUAUGCCAGGUGUCUGAUCCAGAAAGAAAUUACCAUUGUUUUUAUAUGCUUUGUGCUGCCCCACCGGAGGAAAUAAAUAAAUACAAGUUGGGGAAUCCAAGGACAUUUCGUUAUUUAAAUCAAUCAAAUUGCUAUGAAUUGGAUGGGGUUGAUGAAACUAAAGAGUACCUUUCAACAAGGAAGGCCAUGGAUAUUGUUGGGAUUGGUUCUGAUGAGCAGGAUGCAAUUUUCCGAGUUGUGGCUGCAAUCCUUCAUUUGGGUAAUAUUGAGUUUGCAGGGGAAGGUGAUACUUCACAACCCAAGGAUGAUCAGUCUCGGUCUCAUCUGAAAACAGCAUCUGAACUUCUAAUGUGCAAUGAAACAUCUUUAGAGGAUUCUUUGUGCAAACGCGUCAUGGUUACUCGUGAUGAGACCAUAACAAAAAGCCUUAAUCCAGAAGAUGCAACAUUGAGCAGAGAUGCUUUGGCUAAAAUUAUCUAUUCUAGAUUGUUUGAUUGGAUUGUUAACAAAAUCAACAGUUCCAUUGGACAAGACCCUGAUUCAAAGUUCAUAAUUGGGGUGCUGGAUAUUUAUGGAUUUGAGUCUUUCAAGACAAACAGCUUUGAGCAAUUUUGUAUAAAUUUGACCAAUGAGAAAUUGCAACAACACUUUAAUCAGCACGUUUUCAAGAUGGAGCAAGAAGAGUAUACAAAGGAACAAAUUGAUUGGAGUUACAUAGAGUUUGUUGACAAUCAAGACAUUCUAGAUCUUAUUGAAAAGAAACCUGGAGGCAUUAUUGCUCUUCUAGACGAGGCAUGCAUGUUUCCAAGAUCCACCCAUGAGACAUUCGCACAGAAGUUGUACCAAACAUUUAAAGACCACAAGCGUUUUAGCAAGCCAAAGUUGUCACCAAGUGGCUUCACAAUUAGCCAUUAUGCAGGAGAUGUCACUUAUCAAACUGAAUUAUUUUUGGACAAGAACAAAGACUAUGUCAUUGCUGAGCAUCAGGCUCUCCUCAAUGAAUCAAGUUGCUCAUUUGUUUCUGGCCUUUUCCCACCUGCACCCACAGAAUCUUCUAAGUCAUCGAAAUUCUCUUCCAUUGCCUCUCAAUUUAAGCUACAAUUGCAAGCUUUGCUUGAGACUCUGAGUGCUACACAACCUCACUACAUUCGUUGUGUGAAGCCUAACAAUCUUCUAAAACCUGGUAUCUUUGAGAAUCAUAAUAUAUUGCAGCAACUUCGCUGUGGGGGUGUUUUGGAGGCAAUCAGGAUAAGUUGUGCUGGAUUUCCCACACGGAAAGCAUUUGAUGAAUUCAUAAGCCGUUUCAAAAUCCUUGCUCCUAGUGCUGUUAAAGGAAGUAAUGACCCAAUCAAUGCUUGUCGAAAACUUCUGGAGAAGGCUAACCUUCAAGGUUAUCAGGUUGGUAAGACAAAAGUGUUUCUCCGAGCUGGUCAGAUGGCUGAACUAGAUUCGCUUCGGAGCAAGGUGCUUGGAAGAUCAGCUUCAGUAAUCCAGAGAAAAGUUCGUUCAUAUUUAGCACGGAAAAAGUUCAUUGCAUUACGCAUAUCGGCUAUAGACAUACAGAUGAUAUGUAGAGGACAAAUUGCACGCCAUAUUUACGAGCAUAGAAGGAGAACUGCAGCUGCUUUGGUUAUCCAGAAAGAUGCACGCAAGUUUCUUGCUAGAAAAGCUUAUGCACUUCUAGUCUCUUCUGCUGUUCUUAUUCAAGCAGGACUGCGGGGGAUGGAUGCUCGCAAUUUGCUUUGGUCCAGAAAGAAAACAAAUGCAGCCACCAUCCUUCAGAGUCAAUGCCGAGGAUACUUAGCCAGUCGUCGGUAUUUGAAGUUGAAAGGAGCAGCUAUUGCUACUCAGUGUGCUUGGAGAGCACGAUUAGCUCGUAGAGAACUACGAAAGCUUAAAAUGGCGGCCAGAGAUACUGGAGCACUCCAAGAAGCAAAAGGCAAGCUGGAAAAGACAGUUGAAGAAUUAACUUGGCGACUGCAAUUGGAGAAGCGCAUGAGGACUGAUAUGGAGGAGAAUAAAAAUCAGGAAAUUGCAAAACUAAAAUCUGCUUUGGAAGAAAUGGAAAAGCAAAAUCAAGAAACUAAAGAACAACUGAUGAAGCAACUUGAAGCUGCAAAUAAUGGAGCUAAGCAGGAGAUCCCAGCUAGUGAUAAUGCUCUAGCAGAUAAACUUGAAAUUUCAAAGAAGGAUGAUGCGCAAGGUCCUGUUGAUAGUGCACUGGUACAUAAUCUAACAGAUGAAAAUGAAAAGUUGAAGGUUUUAGUAAGUUCUCUGGAACAGAAAAUAGAUGAAACGGAGAAGAAGUAUGAAGAGGCAAAUAAGCUUAGUGAGGAUAGAUUAAAGCAGGCUUCGGAGGCAGAAUCAAAGAUAAUCCAAAUGAAAACUGCAAUGCAAGGGAUUGAAGACAAACUCUCAAAUGUGGAAAGUGAGAACCGGAUUCUUAGACAACAGGCUUUGAUGCAUGCUCCUACUGGGAGAAUGUCUGGGCGUAUGCAGCAACUGGAGAAUGGGAAUCAUGUGCCCCUGAGUUCAACACCCAGUAAAAAAUUUGGAGCUGAAUCUGAUAACAUGAGGAAAUCCAUCGUAGAGAGGCAACGUGAGAAUGUAGAUACUCUCAUUAGGUGCAUUUCAAGAGAUCUUGGGUACAGUGAAGGAAAACCAGUUGCUGCAUUCACCAUUUUCAAAUGCCUUGCUCACUGGAAAUCCUUUGAAGUUGAAAAGACCAGCGUAUUUGAUCGGCUUAUUCAUAUGAUUGGUUCUGCCAUAGAGGACCAGUCAAACAAUCAUCACAUGGCUUACUGGCUCUCCAACACAUCGACACUGCUUGUUUUACUUCAGCAAACUUUAAAAAGUAAUGCUUCUGGCAGACCUCCCCAACCCACAGGAUUUCUUGGAAGGCUUUCCCGAAGUUUUCGAUCGUACCCUUCUUCCAGCAACCUUCCUAUAGGUGGACUGGAUGGAGUUCAACAGGUUGAGGCCAAGUAUCCAGCCUUGUUGUUUAAGCAACAGCUUACUGCUUAUGUUGAAAAAAUCUAUGGUAUUAUUAGAGAUAAUAUAAAGAAGGAAUUGUCAACUCACCUUUCCUCAUGCAUCCAGGCAGCUCGAUCAAAAGGAGUUCCUCCUCCAACUAGUCAUUGGCACAGCAUCAUUGAGAGCCUUAACAACCAUCUGAGUAUACUUAAACAGAAUUAUAUACCUUCUUUCCUUGCACAAAAAUUGUUUACCCAAAUUUUCUCUUACAUUGACGUCCAGAUUUUCAAUAGUCUCCUUCUCCGUAGGGAGUGCUGCACAUUUAGCAAUGGAGAAUACGUGAAAGAAGGAUUAGCUGAAUUAGAACUUUGGUGUAAAGAAACAGAAGAGUAUGCAGGCUCAGCAUCCGAUGAAUUGAUACAUGUACGCCAAGCUGUUGGAUUUCUGGUCAUACACCAGAAAUCACGAAUAACUUAUGACGAUCUCUCCACAGACCUCUGCCCCGUACUGAGCAUUCAUCAGCUUUACAGAAUUUGCACUCUUUACUGUGAUGAUGACUAUAACACACGAAGUGUAUCGCCAGAGGUAAUCGCUUGUAUGAAGAUACACGUGGCAAAAGAUGCCAACGCCGAUGAUAGUAGUUCAUUUAUAUUGGACGACAAUUCAAGCAUUCCCUUCUCAGUUGAUGACAUUAUCCAUUCUCUACGGCAUCAAGAUUUCACAAAUGUAAAACCUGCUCCAGCACUGUUGGAAAAUCCAGCUUUCGAUUUUUUACAGGGAUAAAGGUACAUGCAGAUUCUUAAUAUAGUCCCUUAUUUCUUGAGAUGGAAAUAAAAGUGUUAGAUAUAACUAGUCUCUUUUCUUAUAGAUCUCGCCAUUAUGUAUAUCCAUUGCCUGCCACAAUUUCGCCAUUUUUGCUUGGCUAUGAUCAAUAGAUUCCCAUCUUUACAUCCCCGGGAUAGAGUAGCUUAUAGAUUUAAUAGGAGGAUUAGAUAGAUUCCGAGGGGCUGCACAACAUAUUUUCGUUUUCGUUAUGCAGCUAAUUAAUAGUUUUUCGUGUGUAUGGGAUGGGAUCUUUCCUGCCCUUGCACUCGCACCAUUUCUUUUAUUCUCUAACAUGCCUUUGUUGAGAAGCCGUAGUUGUUAUUUACCUCCCAAAUAAUGUUCUUGUUGAAAUUUAUUUUUUCAU